CAAGCAUUGUGUUGCCUGGCCAAGCCAGUUAGCGAGUGUGUCUCUUAUUAGCUAUUUAUCAAACCGUGUCGACCGGGCAGGUUUUAAAAUUGUUCUCACAUUUGUUGGUGUAUAUUUGAAGACGUGUUAAACACACACCGACUUGUGGUUUUGUUGUCUGUUUGAAAUAAAUAAGGUGAGACUGUCAGAACAGCGCAGCUAGCUAACGUUAGCCAGGUAACGUUAAUGUGUUGCUGUAGUAUCCUCCGGGUUAGCUCGAUCGCUAGCUGAGCAGCGCUAACACACGGGAACAGGAAUGAACCAUAAAAGUAAGAAGAGGAUUAAAGAGGCGAAACGGAGCGCCAGACCCGAACUGAAGGACUCAUUAGACUGGAUAAAACACGAUUACCAUGAGGCUUUCGACCUGUCACACCGCACCGUAAAGGACAAUGUGGAGCGCGUGGACACCCGCCACCUCAGUCCCGAAGAGUUCAUCCGGCGAUUCGAACGCCCCUACAAGCCCGUGGUCCUGCUGAACGCGCAGGACAGCUGGCCCGCCCGGGAGAAGUGGACCCUGGAGCGCCUCAAACGCAAAUACCGUAACCAGAAGUUCAAGUGCGGGGAAGACAACGACGGCUACUCGGUGAAGAUGAAGAUGAAGUACUACAUGGAGUACCUGGAGAGCACGCGGGACGACAGCCCGCUCUACAUCUUUGACAGCAGCUACGGUGAGCACGCCAAACGGCGGAAGCUGCUGGAUGACUACCAGGUGCCCGUCUUCUUCAGGGACGACCUGUUCCAGUUCGCAGGAGAGAAGCGCCGGCCGCCAUACAGGUGGUUUGUGAUGGGCCCAGCCCGCUCCGGCACCGGCAUCCACAUUGACCCGCUGGGCACCAGCGCCUGGAACGCCCUGGUCCAGGGACACAAGAGGUGGUGUCUGUUCCCCACCAACACCCCCCGCGAGCUCAUCAAGGUGGCCAGAGAGGAGGGGGGCAACCAGCAGGACGAGGCUAUCACCUGGUUCAACGUCAUCUAUCCCAGAACCCAGCAGCCCAACUGGCCGCCCGAGUUCACGCCGCUGGAGAUCCUGCAAAGACCCGGGGAAACCGUUUUUGUGCCUGGCGGGUGGUGGCACGUGGUCCUCAACCUGGACACCACAAUCGCCGUCACUCAGAACUUCGCCAGCACCACCAACUUCCCCAUUGUGUGGCACAAAACGGUCCGAGGGCGACCCAAACUCUCCAGGAAGUGGUACCGUAUCUUGAAGCAGGAGAGGCCCGACCUGGCGGUGCUGGCAGACAAAGUGGACCUUCAGGAGUCGACGGGCAUCGCGUCAGACAGCUCCAGCGACUCUUCGUCUUCGUCUUCCUCCAGCUCCUCUGACUCCGACUCUGAUGCAGCGGAGGGAGACGCCGUGUCCCAUCGCAGGAAGAAGAGACGGACCUGCGCCGCAGCGGCCAACGGAGACACCAGCAGCCAGGACGACUGCGUCAGCAAGGAGAGGAGCUCGUCACGGUGACCUCCGGCCGUUUGCAGCUGGUCAUCACACAAACAGCUGCUUCCUGUCUAGGGCUGCAUCCACACUGUUAACGUUUUGGUUUCAAAUCAAAAAUCUUGCUAUUUUCACACUUUGGAUGCCCUUUUGGUUUGAAAUCUCUGAGGUUGUGUUGCACUCUCAGCAGCCGCAAACAAAGACCUCCCUAACUGAUAAGACUGACCGCAUUGUUGUUUCCAAAGGUCUCCAUCUGUUCGUUUCCGAUCUCUGUGGCGA